GGGGGCGGCCGCGAAGUGCGGGUGGGGGCGUCGCGAAGCGCCUGAGCCUCUCCUGCCUUCUCCGGCCGCGCCCCGUCCGCCCGCAGCCUCGCGGCGCCAGCCUCGACCCUCAGCGCUCCGGAUCCGGCAGGCGGGGCGCGCCCGUCGCGCGCAGAAUGUGGCAGCGGACACGGCUCCGGCCCCGCGCGUCCUGGCGCUGGGCGCUGGCGCUGCUGACUCUGGGCGGCGCGGGUCUGUGCCACUCCGGCCCGCAGCCCAUGCACCCCGCGCGGCCGGGAGCCAGGAACAAGAACUGGUGCGCCUACAUCGUGAACAAGAAUGUGAGCUGCUCUGUGCUGGAGGGAAGUGAGAGUUUUAUUCAGGCUCAGUACAACUGUGCCUGGAACCAGAUGCCCUGUCCGUCCGCGCUGGUGUAUCGUGUGAACUUCAGACCCAGAUAUGUCACCAAGUACAAGACAGUGACACAGUUGGAAUGGAGGUGCUGCCCUGGCUUUAGAGGGGGAGACUGCCAGGAAGGUCCCAGGGACCCUGUGAAGACUCCCCGCCUCACGCCCGCCCGGCCUCGAAAUAGCAUGAAGAAAGCCACAGAUAAUGAACCAAGCCAAGUCCCAGAGCCCAAGAAGACUUUGUCACCAACUCGUGCAGCGGAACCAAGCCAAACGGUAGAUCCCAAACAGGGGCCGCAAGAACUUCAGGAACAGAAAAUCCAGGUGCUUGAAGAGAAGGUUCUCCGACUCACAAGAACAGUUCUUGAUCUCCAGUCUUCCAUUGCUGGAGUGAAUGAAAAUCUCAAGCAUACCAUUCAGGACAAUGCCAGCAAAAUGCUGGCAUCGUGGCUCAGUAACCUGCACCCCCAGCCGGUGCCCGACAGUGCUGUUGGCGGAGACACAGAGACCAUCCAGCUUCCUGAUGUCCUCAACAAUAAGGAAUCUGGCAUGAAGGACAUCAAGUCUGAAUUGGCUGAGGUCAAAGAUGCUCUGAAGAACAAGAGUGACAAACUGGAAGAGCUGGAUGGGAAGGUAAAGGGGUAUGAAGGACAGCUCAAACAGCUCCAGGAGGCUGCCCAGGGCCCUACGGUGACCAUGACAACCAAUGAGCUCUACCAAGCCUAUGUCGAUAGUAAGAUUGAUGCCCUGAGAGAGGAGCUCAUGGAGGGAAUGGACAGAAAGCUGGCCGAUCUGAAGAACUCAUGCGAGUACAAGCUGAUUGGUCUCCAACAGCAGUGUGAUGACUAUGGGAGCAGCUACCUAGGAGUGAUUGAGCUUAUAGGAGAGAAGGAAACAAACCUGAAAAAAGAAAUAAAUGAUCUUCGAGCCCGGGUACAAGAUCCUUCAGCUCAGUCAAAUUGCUGUGGUGGUGAAAAGAAUGGUGACUUUGGGCAACAGAUCAAGAUGUUAGACCAGAAAAUCGAAAGAGUUGCUGAAGCCACCAGAAUGCUGAAUGCACGAAUGGACAAUGAAUUUGACCGCCUUGUAGUUCCAGAGCCAGAUGUGGACUUUGAUGCCAGAUGGAAUGAACUAGAUGCAAGGAUCAAUGUGACAGAGAAGAACGCGGAAGAACAUUGCUUUUACGUUGAAGAAACCCUUCGGGGGACGAUUAAUGGCGAGGUAGAUGACCUGAAGCAACUUCUUGAUCAGAAAAUACAGUCUUUGGAAGAGCGCCUGGGGACUGUUCUCCUGGAGGUGGCCAACAGCACUGAGGCAGAACUCACCCCCCCAGCCUCAGCCUUACCAGGUGGGUCAGGGGCUGAGAACAAACAGGUCAUGAUAGAGUUAAGUCACCUGAAGAACAAAGUUCAAGUUGUUGAGGAUAUUUGCCGGCAGAACUUUCAGAGAGAGCCUCAUGGCUUAGAAGAUACUUUGCCAAAUGGAGAAGACCACAUAACGGGUGAUAGUUUGAACCUUUUGAAAUCUCUGAAUGACACGAUGCAUAAGAAGUUUCAAGAAACUGAACGUAGCAUCCAGAAACUUCAACAGGAUUUUAGUUUUCUUUAUUCUCAACUAAACCACACAGAGGACUACGUGAAUCAUCUCCAGAAUGAGCUGAGCAGCUGUAGAGAAGGUAAAAAUGCUGCAGUGGGUGGGUUUCCUAAGGGGGGCGAACAAGGAAGGACGGUGGAGCCCCUCCCAUCUCCCCGGAACCCCAAGGCUCAUUGCUGCAGCCAGCUGGAGGAGAGGUGGCAGCACCUGCAGAGCCGGGUCCUCUCGGAGCUGGACACUUGUAAGGAAAACAUGCACGGGGUCCAGAGGGAUGUCUCCAUGGUUGAGAGCAGGGUAUCUCAAAUGGAGAAAACCUGCAGCAAGCUGGACUCCAUCUCAGGAAGUCUUCAGAGGAUCAAAGAGGGGCUCAACAAGCAUGUCAACAGCCUCUGGAGUUGUGUCAGGCAGAUGAAUGGGACACUCCGGUCACAUUCCAGAGACAUAUCUGGCCUGAAGAAUUCAGUCCAGCAGUUCUAUAGCCACGUUUUCCAGAUUUCUACCGACUUGCAAGAUCUGGCCAAAUUUCAGCCAUCAGCCAGUAAGCCCUCCCACCCAGCUCUGGAGGAGGCCCCCACGGAGGCCUCUCAUCCCAAGCCGACCCCUCUGCCGACACCGAGCGCUCCCCUGCUUCCUGAGGACCCCAGAAGACGGCCACACACGGGCCAGUGGCCUGUCCUGCCCAAGAGACCCCCGCAGCCACUGCCCCCGCCAACACGGCCGGGCUGGACAGGGAUGCCCUACUUGCCCGGCUCCACGGGGGUCAUUAUGGAGACUGGAGAGGCCGGGCCUCCGGGGAGGAUGGGCGUGUCGGGGAGGGGCCUGCCCCAAGGAGUGGACGGCCAGACUGGGCAGGGGCCCAUCCCCAGCGCCGAAGGCUUCGCGGGAGCACCAGGAUACCCCAACUCCCCUCCGGUAGCCUCCCCAGGGGUUCCAGUGCCUUCUCUGGUGUCUUUCUCUGCGGGGCUCACUCAGAAGCCUUUCCCCAGCGACGGCGGCGUCGUCCUCUUUAACAAAGUGCUGGUGAACGACGGAGAUGUGUACAACCCCAACACCGGCAUCUUCACGGCUCCGUAUGAUGGGCGCUACCUGAUCACGGCCACCCUCACUCCUGAGAGGGACGCGUACGUGGAGGCUGUCCUGUCGGUCUCCAAUGCCAGUGUGGCCCAGCUGCACACGGCCGGCUACAAGAGGGAGUUCCUGGAAUACCACCGGCCCCAGGGGGCUCUGCACACUUGUGGGGGCCCGGGGGCGUUCCACCUCGUCAUGCACUUGAAGGCAGGAGAUGGUGUCAACAUCGUGGUGACUGGGGGCCGGUUGGCUCACACGGACUUUGAUGAAAUGUACUCCACGUUUAGUGGGGUUUUCUUAUAUCCUUUCCUUUCUCACCUCUAG